CCAACCGGUCAGCAUAAGGCAGCAGUCCAUUAUACACAAUCUCCUUCUGAGGGAUAAACCCCGCCGUGUCCCCAUCCACAGUCAUAUCCCACUGAUGGUCUGGUCACUUUUCUGCAAUGCGUAAAAAGAUUUCACUCUCACCAACCUGACGGACAACAAAGUACUGAGGAAGUUGUAUUGAUAAGCCCUGACCCAGUGUGAAGGAAACAAGGAGACAAGAGAAUUAAGAAGAAGACGAGGAGACACACAUUCCAUCACAGCCCCUGUGGAGCUGCAGCGGGGACGAGCCUACCAGCCGUGAUUUCUAAUCGUGGAGAAAGGCUGAACAGCGAGGAGUACGCAGGAAUGAGUCCGCAGAGAGGUUUCCCCUUGCUUUUGAUAUUCCUCUAUGCAUCAGCUGUGUGCGCAGGUGUGGGCGGUGCAAAGGUCAACAAUGUGUCGUCAGAGGUCUGUCGUCAUCCGUGUGAAGAGCUGGUGGGCUUGCUGACAGAGAUCCAAGGCUUGCGUAUUGUGACCAGCAACCUGUUGGAAGACCUGGAUAGAGUAGCAAAAGAAAAUGAAGAGAUGCGGAUAUUUCUGGCUGAGCUGAGCAACAGCAGCAGCAGCAGCAGCAGCUGGAGCAACAGCAGCAACUGGAGCAGCAACUGGCGUGGCAGCAACUGGCGAAGCAGCAACUGGCGGAGCAGCAACUGGAGCAGCAGCAGUGGCCAUGGCGAUGGCAAUGAUGGCAACAGCGAUGAUAUCAACUCGCGCGGCAGCAACUGGCGCAGCAGCAACAGCAGCAGCAGCAGCAGUAGCAGCAGUGGCCAUGGCGAUGGCAAUGAUGGCAACAGUGAUGAUAUCAACUGGCGUGGCAGCAACUGGCGUGGCAGCAACUGGCGCAGCAGCAACUGGCGCAGCAGCCACUGGAGCAGCAACAGCAGCAGCAGCAGUAGCAGCAGUGGCCAUGGUGAUGGCAAUGAUGGCAACAGUGAUGAUAUCAACUGGCGCAGCAGCAACUGGCGCAGCAGACACUGGAGCAGCAACAGCAGCAGCAGCAGUAGUAGCAGUGGCCAUGGCGACGGCAGUGAUGGCAACAGCGAUGAUAUCAAUGAUCUUGACAGAGGCAGAGACGAAGAGGUGUGGUGUAUGCAGGACGGACGAGUGUAUGAGCACGGGGAGGAUUGGGAUGUUGACAGCUGCACCUCCUGUGUUUGCAAGGAUGGAAAGGUGGUGUGUCAUCAGGUGUCUUGCCCUCCUGUAUCCUGCAUCUAUCCAUCCUUUAUCGACGAUAAGUGCUGUCCUGUGUGUCUCAAUAAUGAGGAUGGCUGGUCCCCUUGGUCUGAGUGGACCCACUGCUCUGUCACCUGUGGACGUGGAGGGCAGCAGAGGGGACGAUCCUGCAAUGGCAUCAUGCCGUCCUGUGCUGGCCCGUCAGUCCAGACCCGCAGCUGCAUGCUGAUGAAAUGUGACCGCAAGGUGCGUGCUGAAGGGAACUGGGGCCUUUGGUCUCCCUGGUCCGCGUGUACAACCACAUGUGGAGAAGGCGACAUCACACGGGUCCGUCUCUGUAACAACCCUCCACCACAGAAGGGGGGCAGAGGGUGCACAGGCAGCGCCAGGGAGACACAACCUUGCAACAAUACACUCUGCCCCGUUGCUGGAGGCUGGACGAGCUGGACUGAAUGGUCACUGUGCUCGGAGUCGUGCGGUGGAGGUCUUACGAGUCGUCAGCGGGAGUGUUUGAACCCUGCCCCUCAGCACGGUGGGAAGCCUUGUGCUGGAGACGCUGUGGACUAUGAAGCAUGUAACAAACAGCCAUGUCCUAUAGACAUAUGUUUGCUUUCAAAUCCAUGUUUUCCUGGAGUGGAGUGCACGUCGUAUAGCGAUGGAUCAUGGUAUUGUGGACGUUGUCCGUUGGGUUUAAAAGGCAAUGGCACUCACUGUGAAGAUGAAAAUGAGUGUGAAGUGGAGAGUGUUUGUGUCACAGAGUGUGUAAACACAGACCCUGGCUUCUACUGUCUGCCCUGUCCUCCUCGCUAUAAAGGCACUCAGCCGUUUGGCCUUGGACUGCAGGAAGCCCUGGAAACCAGACAGGUGUGUGAGCCUUACAAUCCUUGCAAAGACAACACACACACCUGCCACAAGUAUGCCGAGUGUAUCUACCUGGGCCUGGCGUCUGAGGUGUUGUUCAAGUGUGUGUGCGCCAUCGGGUUUGCGGGCGAUGGCUUCCUGUGUGGAGAAGACUCUGAUCUGGAUGGCUGGCCCAACUACAGAUUACCCUGCAAGCAGAAUGCAACCUAUCACUGUCAUAGGGAUAAUUGCCCCAUGAUACCAAACUCUGGACAGGAAGACCUGGACAAAGACGGACAGGGAGACGCCUGUGAUCCUGAUGACGACAAUGAUGACAUCAUAGAUGAGAGGGACAACUGCCCGCUGGUGUACAACCCUCGGCAGUUUGAUUCUGACAGAGAUGGGGUCGGAGACCGCUGUGACAACUGUCCGUUUGAUAGCAACCCGCUGCAGACAGACACUGAUGACGACGGAGAGGGAGACGCCUGCAGCAUUGACAUUGAUGGAGAUGAGAUUCUGAAUGACCAUGACAACUGUCCCUUAGUCUACAACACUGACCAGAGGGACACCGACCUGGAUGGUGUUGGAGACCAGUGUGACAACUGUCCCCUUCUACACAACCCUCUGCAGCUCGACUCUGAUAGUGACCUAGUGGGGGACAUGUGUGACAACAAUGAGGACAUCGAUGAGGAUGGCCACCAAAACUCUCUAGACAACUGUCCGUACAUCGCCAAUAGCAACCAGGCUGACCAUGACAACGACGGGAGGGGAGACGCCUGUGACCAUGAUGACGACAACGACGGGAUCCCCGACGACCGGGACAACUGCAGACUUGUGCCCAACAGGGACCAGAGGGACUCUGAUGGUGAUGGGAGUGGAGAUGCCUGCUUUGAUGACUUUGACAAUGACAGUAUUCCAGAUGCGCUGGAUCCAUGCCCGCUGAACCAGGAUAUUGGGUCUACAGACUUCAGGAAGUUUCAGGUUGUUUUGUUGGACCCUAAAGGCACCACACAGUCUGACCCUCUCUGGGUGAUCCGCAGCCAAGGCACCGAGCUGCUGCAGACGGCCAACUCAGACCCUGGCAUCGCUUUAGGAUAUGACAAGUUCAGCGCGGUGGACUUCAGUGUGACAUUUUAUGUAAAUACCAACCGAGAUGACGACUACGCAGGCAUUGUGUUCGCCUACCAGUCCAGUCGACGCUUCUACGUUGUCAUGUGGAAACAGGUGUCUCAGGCCUACUGGGAGAAAAAGCCCUCCAAAGCCUUUGGCACAGCGGGAGUCUCGAUCAAACUGGUCAACUCCGCCACAGGACCCGGGGAGUAUCUACGCAAUGCCCUGUGGCACACUGGAAACACCCGACACCAGGUCAGAACAUUGUGGCAUGAUCCCAAUAAAAUUGGCUGGAAGGACUACACAGCUUACCGCAUGCACCUUAUCCACAGACCCAAGACUGGGUUCAUCAGGGUGGUGGUGUACGAGGGCAGGGAGAUUUUAUCUGACUCGGGGGCGGUGUACGACCACACCCUGGCUGGAGGCAGACUGGGACUGUUUGUCUUCUCUCAGGAACACGUCCUCUUCUCAGACCUCAGAUACGAGUGCAGAGGUAAGAUAUCCUGUCUAAACAUCUGUCCUGACUUCUGAUCAGCGGUGGAAGAGGUGCUCAGAUGCUUCAUUCAAAGGGGGGACUUCUGUAUUUGUCAACCUGGACCCUGUUUUCCCAUGUUUUUGUCUUUAAAUAACAAAUGGAGACAGCAAUCUUUGAAAUUGGUCCAGUAUUGAGCGAGAGGGUAGUAGCGUGUAUAGAGCCACGACGUUUUCAUGUCUUACUGGGUGACUUAAGGGUUUAUUUAAAACAAACCAGACUUUAAAUAAAGUGUGUUUUACUAUGAUAAAAUUAAUAUUUAUUUAAAUUGGGUGUGGUGGCUUUUGGUGUCGCGAUUUCAGGGUUGCUUUUGGUUAAACAAAAAGGAUCUUACUCUUUAGCAAAAAUGUCUAUGUCUGUUAGAAUUCUUUCCUUAAUGUUGUCAGACACUUCUGAUGACACUCUG